CCCCCUCACCUUCUCAAUUUCCAAUCACCCCCAAACCAACAACACAACCUACUCACUCAUCUAACACACUCUCUCUCUCUCUCCUCCAAUGGCUGCAACUGUUCUCCUCUCCAUUGCAUCAUUGGCCUCACUUUUUGUUGCAACCACUGCUAGAAUCCCUGGUUUUUACAGUGGUGGCCCAUGGCAAACUGCUCAUGCUACUUUCUAUGGUGGCAGUGAUGCCUCUGGAACAAUGGGUGGUGCUUGUGGGUAUGGAAACUUAUACAGUCAAGGAUAUGGUGUAAACACAGCAGCACUAAGCACAGCACUAUUCAACAAUGGAUUAAGCUGUGGUUCAUGUUUUGAGAUCAAGUGUGACCAAGAUCCACGUUGGUGUAACCCUGGUAACCCUUCAAUCUUAAUCACUGCAACAAAUUUUUGUCCACCAAAUUUUGCUCAACCUAGUGACAAUGGUGGUUGGUGUAACCCACCUCGACCACACUUUGAUCUUGCUAUGCCUAUGUUCCUUAAGAUCGCUCAAUACCGUGCCGGAAUCGUCCCCGUCGCUUACCGCCGGGUGCCAUGUAGAAAGAAAGGAGGCAUCAGAUUCACAAUCAACGGUUUCCGUUACUUUAACUUGGUUUUAAUCACCAACGUCGCGGGUGCAGGAGAUAUCAUACGCGUGAGUGUGAAAGGAACUAACACCGCUUGGAUGAGUAUGAGCCGUAACUGGGGGCAAAAUUGGCAAUCCAACGCUGUUUUUGUGGGCCAGGCUCUCUCUUUUAGAGUUACCGGCAGUGACCGACGUACAUCAACCUCAUGGAACGUGGCACCACCUAAUUGGCAGUUUGGACAAACCUUCAGUGGAAAGAAUUUCCGUAUCUAAAAAAAAAUGGAAAUGAAAAAAAUCUAUACUCCUAUUUUUGACUUGUUUAUUUUCGGUUUCCCUCCUUCAAAUUUUCCUUUAUUUUCCCGGGAAAAUUUUGAAGUGGAUAGUAGUAGUAGGGUUUUUAAAAAGAAAGUUGGAUAGUUUUAGGAAAAGUAAAGGUGAAAGUAAGUUUAUAAUAUAUGAAUGUAAGUUGAGAGGGAAGGGGUGUUUGUAUUAAAUAUUAAAUGUUAAAGUGUUGCUAAAGUGUAAUGUGAUGGGUCAUGCUGGUAUAUUAAUUACCCAGCAUUGAAACCCAUUUCUUUAUGUUUUUUUUUUACUCAAAGUGUGAGGGGCUGAAGAGGUUGCAAGGAUAAAGAACAUGUAACCCGCAGCUCUAGUUCUAUUAUUAUCAACUAAAGUUUACAACUUAUAAAUAAUAUAUUUAUA